AUGGGCCGUCGGUCUGCAUUGUCGAGGCCUUCUAUACACCGCAGCGACCAGCAUGCAGAUGCAACUGCUGCAGCAGCAACUGCAGCAGAUACUGUAGCACCGCACACAGCAGCAACAGAUGCAGCAGCAACUGCAGCAGCAGCAGAUGCAGCAGCAGCAGCAGGAUAUGAUGAUAGCAAAGCCGGAUGGUUUGUGGGGAGCAGACGGGUUCAUUCAGAGCCUCCAUGGUGUACAGACACCUCGCAGCAGCAACUGCAGCAGCAGCAACUGCAGCAGCAGCAGCACGACAGCCUCGAGACAUACAGAAGCCUUCUGCGACGAGAAGGGUCAGUGAAGGGCGUGGAGUACUUACCGCCUCCUCCUCCUCUGCCUUCUGCUGCUGCUGCAGCAGUAGCAGCAACAGCAGCAACAGAAGAAGAUGCUCCUCUGUCUCCUCGUACACGGAUUGGAGGAUGUACAGAUGAAUCAGCAUCUUUGCUGCUGCUGCAGCAGCAAAAGGAGGCCAUGGAGCGCAUGCUUAAGGCCCACAAACAGCACGAGAACACGGUGUUAUCAUUAUUGAGGAGUUUAGAGUUAUCACGAGAGGAGAAAGAAAGAAGAAAAGAAGCACUCGCUAAACGUCUUGUUGUGCCUCGGCCUCCUCCUCCUCCUUUAGUGCCAAUGCGCUUCGGCAGGAAAUCCUUUACUCGUUGUUCUUCAGGUAUUUAA